GUAAAAUACGUUAUCCCCCAAACCCUCCCGGCUGUUUGUUUGGAGGAAAAUCAGCUGGGUAUGGCAAGAAGUUUGAAUGUUUGAAAAUGGGUUAUUUUCUCAUUUGAUUGCUGAGAAAAUGGAGGGGAAAGAUCUACACUGUUUUGGUUCGUGCUCUCUUGCAAAUUAAUUGCAAGUGGUUAGUUUUUCUGUAAUGCAAGCAGUUGACGAGAACGAGAACAAGCACUUGAAGCGUUUGAGGUCAUUCAAUAAGAACAUGCCUCUGACUGAUCCCAUCACCCCUCAAAAUCUUGACUCCGGCGUUUUUUUCCCUGUUGAGGAGAUUGUACAAUCUCCAUUGCCAGGAUACUGUGCACCCACUUCAAUCAGUUUCAGUCCUGAUGAUACUUUAAUAACUUACUUGUUUAGUCCUGAUCAAACUUUGAGUAGAAAGGUGUUUGCUUUUGAUCCCAAGACUGGCAAACAGGAAUUGCUUUUCAGUCCCCUCGAUGGUGGACUUGAUGAGAGUAAUAUAUCGCCAGAAGAGAAGUUGAGGAGGGAGAGGUCCAGAGAACGUGGACUUGGAGUGACACGGUAUGAAUGGGUGAAGACAAGCUCAAAGAAGAAAGCAAUUAUGGUGCCUUUGCCUUCGGGGGUUCAUUUCCAGGAACUUUGCUCAUCAAAAGUGGAGCUUAAGCUUCCUAGCUCACCAUUUUCUCCAAUUAUUGAUCCACAUCUGUCCCCUGAUGGUACUAUGCUUGCUUAUGUAAAGGAUAGUGAGCUACAUGUUCUAAAUCUCUUGCACAAUGAAUCAAAACAACUAACACAUGGUGCCCAGGGAAAUGUAGUGACUCAUGGCCUUGCUGAAUAUAUAGCUCAGGAGGAAAUGGACAGGAAAAAUGGAUACUGGUGGUCACUUGACAGCAAAUUCAUUGCAUUCACACAAGUUGAUUCGUCUGGGAUACCUCUUUUUAGAAUUAUGCACCAAGGUAAAAGUUCUGUUGGUGAAGAGGCACAGGAAGACCAUGCUUAUCCCUUUGCAGGAGCUUCUAAUGCCAAAGUUCGCCUUGGAGUAGUUUCUGCUGCUGGUGGUCCCAUCAAAUGGUUGGAUCUUGUCUGUGGAGGGAAAGGAGCACUGGACAAUGCGGAGGAAUAUUUGGCCAGAGUCAAUUGGAUGCAUGGAGAUAUCCUCACAGCUCAGGUGCUGAACAGGUCUCACUCCAAAUUAAAGAUCCUGAAGUUUGAUAUUAAGACAGGGCAAAGAGAUAUCAUGUUGGUGGAGGAACAAGAUAUAUGGGUUAAUUUACAUGAUUGCUUCACUCCUUUGGAUAAAGGUGUUACUAAAUACUCUGGAGGAUUUAUCUGGGCAAGUGAAAAAACAGGAUUCAGACAUUUGUAUCUCCAUGAUGCAAAUGGCACGUGCUUGGGACCUAUCACUGAAGGCAAGUGGGUGGUUGAGCAAAUUGCAGGUAUAAAUGAGGCUGCAGGGCUUGUGUAUUUUACUGCAACUCUAGAUGGAGCUUUGGAAUCUAACCUUUACUGUGCUAAACUAUACCCAGAUGGCAACCAAAACUUUCUUGGUCCAGUGAGAUUAACACAUGGUAAGGGGAAACACGUGGUAGUACUUGAUCACCACAUGCGUAAUUUUGUUGAUAUUCAUGAUUCCCUUGACUCUACCCCUAGGGUUUUGCUGUGCUCCUUGCUUGAUGGAAAUGUAAUUAUGCCUCUGUAUGAACAGCCUUUCACUAUUCCAAGAUUUAAACGGCUUGAACUUGAGCCUCCAGAGAUAGUUCAGGUUAAGGCAAAUGAUGGGACCAUACUCUAUGGUGCUUUAUACAAGCCUGACCCAACAAAAUUUGGAUCACCGCCAUACAAGACCAUGAUCAAUGUGUACGGUGGCCCAGGUGUACAAUAUGUCUGUGAUUCUUGGUUAAAUACAGUUGAUAUGAGAGCUCAAUAUCUUCGGAGCAAAGGCAUUCUUGUAUGGAAGUUGGACAAUAGAGGAAGUGCUCGACGUGGGCUGAAGUUUGAAGGUGCUCUCAAAUACAAUGCUGGGCGUAUUGACGCUGAGGAUCAGCUUACUGGAGCUGAAUGGCUCAUCAAACAAGGGCUAGCAAAAGUUGGCCAUAUUGGGUUGUAUGGAUGGAGUUAUGGGGGAUAUAUGUCAGCUAUGAUCCUGGCCAGGUUUCCUGAUGUCUUCCAUUGUUCUGUCUCUGGUGCUCCUGUGACGUCAUGGGAUGGAUAUGACACGUUUUACACUGAGAAGUACAUGGGAUUGCCUUCUCAAAACCCUACUGGUUAUGAAGACAGCUCUGUGAUGCAUCAUGUGCACAAAUUAAAAGGGAAAAUAUUAUUGGUGCAUGGCAUGAUUGAUGAAAAUGUGCAUUUUAGGCACACUGCUAGGCUUGUCAAUGCACUAGUGGCAGCUGGAAAACCCUAUGAGCUACUAAUUUUCCCGGAUGAACGACACAUGCCAAGACGGCACAGAGACCGGGUUUACAUGGAAGAAAGAAUAUGGGAAUUUGUUGAGAGGAAUUUGUGAAUUGGGAAGUAAAUCAUUGCUUGUAGGUUGUCCAUGAGGCUGAGCUCUCCUUCGCGACUAGAAGGCCACAGGUUCGAGUUGGGGAAACAGCUGCUGUUGCUGGAGAAGAUGUUCGGGGUCCCGCUUCAAAAUUUCUUUAACAAUGUAUAAUAAAAAAGCUUGGGACGAAUACCCUUUUCACUAGGCAAUGUGACAUGUAGUGCCCAUGUAUCAAAUUCCAUUGUGGGUUUAUGCAAAAUUUCCAAUUAUCUAUUUGUUUUGCUGCAA